GACGGCGCAUCCACCCAUUGGACGGACCCGUCAUCCGCGUAGUAGCUCAUAUGAGCCGGAGGCGAACGAAAUCUCAUUUUAUACUUGCAAACUUGCCAACCAGCUAUACAUUGCAAGCCUAUUCUAGAAUACUGACAAGCUACAGUAGGGGGGGGUCGUACUGCUUCUUCAAGAACGAGAGGAAACAGACACGAAGUACGAGCCAAGUCGGCUUCAUAAAUGAAGCAAAAACGGAUGCCUGGUCGACUGUACAACUUGAAGCGCCGGAAGUGCAGCUCGGGGACAAGGGGUUCAAUUAAGUGUUCUGUGAAAAAAGAGGUGAAAAAAACAAGGCCCGAAUUGGCCCACCCAAAAAGUGAGAUGUCUCACAACGAAUCGAGCCUAGAUGCUUGUAGCAGACAAGAACAUUCUACACUGAUGCUUCCGGACAUCAGCUGUGACUGUCAGGAUAGGGAGAAACAUCCAAGUUGCGGAGCUGCACCAAACCCCGGGGAGAGUGAAGGCAAAGAGAAUUGCUUGGGACCGGAACAAAACCACUGCAGAAUGAACAGUUUAUCAGAGACAAUGGAAGGAAACAAUACAGAAAAAUAUGUUGACAAUGAUAUUUUCCCAGAUGACAACAGUAACCAGAUACUUCCAGUAGAACAAUUCUUUGGAAAUCUGGAAGUUGUACAGGACUGUCCUCAGAGACCAGCCAUCACUUCCACUUGGGGUAAGAGGGAGCACAAGAGGCGACGUUAUUAUGCCAAACAGGACAGCGAUGAGGAAGGCUGCUCUGACAUGCAGCAAGAUGACAGUGAAGGGAGUUAGUGCACCCUACCAACCAAGAUGGGUCUCUUAACCAUGGCUAUAAAAUAGCUAGUAGGGAUACCAGGGUACAAGGGGAUGUCUCCAUGCAGUAAAUUAAUUUGGUUUGCCAACAUGUAUGCCUUUUUUCCAGAAACUAUUUUUGCACAUUUGCUAGCAAUUAUCAGAAUGAUGCAUACUUAUUUGUAUAUAUUGAUAGUAUAUCAAUGCAUGAAUAUAUAUAUAUAUUUUUUUUUUGUGGGGGGGGGGGGGGGGAUUUAGUAUAAAUAAAUAUGUAUAAAUAUUCCUGGUUAUUUUUCUAUACCUCUCAAAUGCAACUUACUUGUCAUGUAUUCACAUCAUUGCUUAAAGUAAAAAUACAUUAUUUUUUAUUGUUAAGAUUUUUGUGUAGCUUGG